AUGUUGUCUUCAAUCACACCCUCUGAUAUUCGCAACACGACGUACGUCAAUUUCGUCAGAAGUGUAACACUUGCUUCUGGAACGACCUACCGCUAUGUCUUUGCCCCGCCGCUGGACCCCACAAAGCCAUACCUCUUGUUUAUCCAUGGGUUUCCAGAGACCUCAUACGAAUGGAGUCAUCAAAUCACAUAUUUCACCGAACAGGGCUGCGGGGUAAUUGUCCCCGACCUUCUAGGUUGUGGAGGAACCGACACUCCAAGAGAUUUGGCUCUCUAUAGCUUCAACAACAUGGCGGCAGAUGUUGGCCAGAUUCUCGACUGCGAAGGCGUGGAGAAGGUUAUCGGGAUUUCCCACGAUCUCGGAUCACCUUUGUUGUCGCGCUUCGUAAUCAACCAACCUUCUCGAUUUAUAGCAGUUGCAUUCUUAGGUAACGGUUAUUUUCCACCCGAAACACGAGUUGAUGCGGCAGGAGUCGACUUUAUCAACAAAGCAACACUUGCUCGCUUUGGGUAUGAAGUCGUUGGCUUCUGGUCGUUUCAUAAUGAAGAAGACGCGGCGAAGGUUUUUGAUCAACAUCUGGAAUCAUUCAGUACUCUUUGUUUCACUCGAAACACAUCUCUUUGGAUCGAUCAUCUUGCACCAACGGGCGCUAUGCAACAGUGGCUCAUGCAAGACAAGAUGGCAACAGAUAUCUUCGUCAGUCGAGCCAGAAUUGAGCAAUGGAAAACAAUCAUUAGGGAGAAUGGAGGAAUGGAGGGGCCUUUGCGAUGGUACAAAGCUAUGAUUGCAGGUGUUAAUAACCCUACCGAAGAAGAAUUGGAAGGUCCAGGGACUAUCUCGCUACCACUCCUACUUGUCUUGGCGGAGAGAGACCCAGUGGCCAUCCCAUCGAUCCAGUUGACUGAUACUGUACCUAAUGCACCUAAUCUCCGAGUUCGCUCAGUUAUUGCAGGUCACUUCUUACAGGUCGAAGCCCCUUAUGAAAUUAACAGGCACCUUGAACUGUUCUUUCAGAAUGUUUUAAAGAAUUCUAUGUCAAAACCUAACCCUAUUGCUAAUCUUCUCACUACUGCCACGUUCAUCAUGAGACCUCUAGUCCUUGCCAUAUUCGCGUUUGCCUUGGGUGCAAACGCGUAUGACAGUUCUACAGCAUACGUCGACCUGGCUGACCGGGUUGGUCCUUCGAGCCACACUGCUUCGGCGUUUAUCUACGGCAUGCCUCUUAACAAAACGAAGAAUCAGAUUCCAAAUCACUUUUUUUCAGAUAUCGGCAUCAAGUAUGGCCGUGCUGGCGGUGCUCGGCUUGACAAGCCGUGUCGCGGAUGGUCGUUUGGCCCCGAUGAGUACAAAUGUCGUUUCGAAGCUACCAUGAUCAAUUACAAGCAAACACGAAAGUUUGGGGCCCAGUUCAUCAUUCUACCUCAUGACAUUUGGGGCAUUGAUUAUAGGGAUAACGUCCCAUCUUAUCAAUUCCCUGGCGAUGGACGUAACUGGACCACCUAUGACAACUUUCUCAAUCAACUAGUCCGUGAUCUCAAGUCUCGCAAUGCUCUUGAUGGUCUUAUUUGGGAUAUCUGGAAUGAGCCCGAUAUUGGUGGCUUCUGGGGGAGAUCAAUUCAGCAAUGGGUAGACUUAUAUAUAAGAACCCAUAAGCGACUAAGAUCUGACCCUGCCCUGAACAAAGUCCUGAUCAGCGGUCCAACUAUAGCUGCUUCUCCUGAUGUAGCUAAUGCAUGGUGGAGCACUUGGGGGGCUCAGGUUGGAGGCAGCUCAACCUAUCCUGAUCAGUAUGCUUGGCACUACGAGAUGGGGGGCGAGGACCCCGACAUCAGUAACGCGCUCUUCGAGAAUCUGCUCGAAGCAUAUCAGCUACCAUUCCGCCCUGUCAGCAUCAACGAAUACGCUGUCUUCUCAGAGGAAACACCCUCUGGGUACUCUUGGUGGAUCAGUCGAUUGGAGCGAUAUAACUACGCCGGCCUACUGGGACUAUGGAAUCCACCCUUAUACGAUAACUUUGCCAACCUCCUGACAAAGUCUCCUGGAGACCCAAAAGACCCCGGCAACACUAACUACGUUGGCGCAGCGGGAUUCCCCUUGUAUAAGUACUAUGCUAAGAAGAUGGUCGGUGAACGUGCCAAGACAGUUGGAUCGACUGACAGGAAGUGGGAUUGCUUCGCCACUAUCGGUGCGCGUGGUGAUCAAGUCCGCAUCCUGGCUGGGACCAGAGUGGCGACAGGAAAAUACACCUUACACAUCAAAGGUCUCGAAACGGUUGGCUACCAGAGUCGCGGAAAGCUUGAUGCCAAGUUCUAUGCUUUCUAUGGUUCCGAUGACAUCUUUCAGCCUUUUGGCGACCCACCAUACCUGGGGACUCAAUCCGUGCCAAUUGUCAAUGGGGAGGCACAGCUGAAUGUUAAUGUUACUGAUCCACAUACUGGCUGGAGGAUUGAGUUUAAGCGUUAUUGA